CCCUCCUCCUCACUGGUAAUCCCUUCCUGUCCCCUCGUCGGUUCUCCCUUCCCGUCCCCUCGCGAAGCUGCGCCCUAAUCGGUCCUCCUCGCCGGUGCUCCAUUCCUGUCCCCUCGUGAAUCUGCGCCCUAAUCUACCCUCCUCGCCGGUGCUCCCUUCCCGUCCCCUCGCAAAGCUGCCUCCCUAAUCCGUCGGUAAACCCCUCCUCUUCGCCGCCUUCUCCCAUCACUCAGCAGGUGAUGUAUUGAGGAAGAAUCCUUUAUGCUUCAGUCCUAUAUGGAGAAGGGUCAUGACAGCAUCAAAGAUGGAAACAGGGAAUGUCAUUUGAUGCUAAGACAUGAAGAGGUGUGCUACCUUUGUCCCAAGAUAUUGUUGUCAAAUAUUAUAUUUACAUCCUCAGUUGGUUUCUUCUGUCAUUUGUCUCCCAUUUGACGUAGUGAAUUCUUCAUCCCGGAAAUUUUCGUCACUUGGUUCAGCUAAUGCUAGGAACUUCCCCAAUUAUUCGCCAAAGAAACCUACUAUCAAAGAUUCUGAACUUGUCUACAACAUCUCCACCACCAUUAAGCAACGUCGUCUCGAGCCCAUAGAACGUAUUCUGAAACCAUUUGAAUCAAGGCUUAAGCCUGACCACUUUAUUUGGGUUCUGAUGGACAUAAAGAACGAGUACAAGUUAGUCUUGGAUUUAUUUGACUGGUUGUGCUUACAUAGAUCCCCAUCACUGGAGGUGCGGUGCAUUAUCAUUCAUAUUUCUGUUGCUGCAAAGGACCCGCAAGUGGCUCAUGGACUUAUUCAUGAUUUUUGGAGUAAACCUAAUGUAGAUGCUAGUCUUCCGUUUGCCCUCUUCAUGGAGAAAUUGAUAUACACUUACAAGGAUUGGGGUUCUAAUCCAUAUGUCUUUGAUAUUUUCUUUGAAGUCCUCGUUGAAGUUGGAAUACUUGACGGAGCCAAAAAACUAUUUUAUAAGAUGUUAAACUACGGGGUGGUAAUAUCUGUUGAUUCAUGCAAUUUAUUUCUCUCACAUCUAUCUGAGAAUAUUUCUGGGUGUAAGACAACACCACAUAUCUUUACUGAAUUUGCUAAAGAGGGUGUUAACUGGAACACUGUGUCACAUAAUAUAAUGAUUCACUGCCUUUGUCGAAUGGGGAAAGUGAAAGAAGCUCAUAACUUACUCCUCCAAAUGGAGUUGCGUGGGUAUGCGUCUGAUGCUAUUAGUUAUAGCACUAUGAUAAAUGGGUACUGUCAGAUUGGAGGACAUCAAGUAGUUCUGAAACUUAUUGAAGAAAUGCAAAUAAAAGGAUUGAAGCCAAACAUGUUCACAUUUAACAGUGUGAUUUUCCUUUUGUGUAAGAUUGGCAAAGUGGUGGAUGCAGAGAAGGUUCUCAGGGAGAUGAUAUGCCAGAAAAUAGUUCCCGAUAAGGUGGUGUAUACAACACUAAUUGAUGGUUUCUGCAAAGCAGGGAAUGUCACUGCUGCAUAUAGGCUGCUUGAGGAGAUGCAUAGUAAGAACAUUUUUCCUGAUCUCGUGACAUAUACUGCUCUUAUAUCUGGUAUUUGUCGAACUGGAAAGAUAUCGGAAGCAUACAAUCUCUUUCUUGAAAUGCGUAGUAGAGAAAUGGAACCAGAUGAAGUCACUUAUACAGUACUUAUUGACGGUUACUGCAAGGACGGUCAGAUGAAGGAGGCAUUUUCACUUCAUAAUCAGAUGGUUCGCAUAGGUGUCACUCCAAAUGUUGUCACUUAUACAGCACUGGUUGAUGGGCUAUGCAAACAAGGGGAGAUAGAUACAGCAAAUGAACUUCUUCAUGAAAUGUGUGCAAAGGGUCUUGAAUUGAAUAUAUGCACAUAUAAUUCACUUGUUAAUGGUCUUUGUAGAUCUGGAAAUAUCGUACAAGCAAUAAAGCUAGUGGAAGAUAUGGAGGUGGCAGGCAUUUAUCCUGAUGCUUUUACAUACACAACUCUAAUGGAUGCUUAUUGUAAGUCAGGAGACAUGGUUAAGGCUCAUGAGCUUCUCCGCCAAAUGCUGGAUAAAGGACUUGAACCCACGGUUGUUACCUUCAAUGUUUUAAUGAAUGGAUUCUGUAUGUCAGGGAUGCUAGAAGAUGGCGAGAGGCUGCUGAAAUGGAUGUUGGAAAAAGAUAUCAUGCCAAAUGCCACCACCUACAAUUCGUUAAUGAAGCAGUACUGUGUUCGAAAUGAUAUGCAUGCAACAACUGAAAUCUACAAGGGGAUGCUAGGCAAAGGAGUGUCUCCAAAUACCAACACCUAUGACAUACUAAUAAGAGGCCACUGCAAAGCAAGGAAUAUGAAAGAGGCAUGGUAUUUGCAUAAAGAAAUGGUAGAGAAGGGGUAUGAUCUUACAGUAAAAGCUUAUAAUGCUCUCAUAAAGGGUUUUAUUAAAAGGAAAAAACACCUGGAGGCCAAAAAUUUGUUUGAAGAAAUGAGGAAAAAAGGUUUAGUUGCGGAUAGAGAAUUAUACAACUUCUUCAUGGAUAUGAACUAUCAUGAAGGGAACCUGGAUUUGACUCUUGAGCUGUGUGAUGAAGCAAUAGAGAAAAGGAUUGUGGAUACGGAUGGUGAUUGAAAUGUGGUUUGACAUUCAGGAUACCUAGUUCCAUUUUGAGGGUCAGAAGUCAAGAUUGUUGAUUUUCUAACAAAUGAAUUCCAUACCUGCAUAUGUCCUACCAAUACUAGUAUCAAAGAGACGUAGAGCACAAACUCCACACAUUGGCUAGUGAGGUGAGUGCCACUUGAAGAAGGUGAAGAAGUACGAGGAGUUUCAACUUGUGUUGCAUUUUCCUUUGUGCAACUGUAAUUACAGCGACUUGGGCGAACUACCCUGUAAACUCCUGUGCUCGCCAAGAUAUAUACGUCUUUCUUGUUAUCUUCUCCAAACGAGUAUAUAUAACCCAGAGCAGCCAAGUUAGUGUUUGGUACAGAGUUGCACUCUAAUGGAGAAUCACGUGCACAGCUGAAAGGGAUU